AUGGUGUCCUUCAAGGACAUCACCGACGACGCGUCGGCCCCCCUGGAUCUGGCCAAGGAGGUCGAGAAGCUGCGCCUGCAGGUCUACAUGAGCGAAAUGGGUGUGGCGGUGACCCCUGAACCCAACCCUGACAUGUCGGAAGCUAUUGCUGCUGGAUUCCAGAGUCCCCAGGACUUUGAAGUGCGAGAAACCUCUGUGUCCUAUGUGAAUGGAGAUACCUACAAGGGCGAGAUGUUGGGCCCCCUGCGGCACGGGAAGGGCGACCACACCUGCAGCUCCGGGGAUAGAUAUGUCGGCCACUGGCGGUACGACAAGCGGGACGGGCGUGGCAGGCUCGUCCUGGCCUCUGGCAUCACCUACGAGGGCGACUGGGUGGACGACAAAGCGCAAGGGAGUGGCACCUGCACCUACGUGGAUGGGGCUGUGUACGAGGGCGAGUGGAGGGAGGACCUGCGCGAGGGCUGGGGCGCCCACAUCUUCAAGGGAGGCGCUCGCUACGAGGGGGAGUGGGCGGCCGACAAGAUGCAUGGGCGGGGAGUGAUGGUGUUUGAGGAUGGCAGCACCUUUGAGGGCGAGUGGCAGGCGGGGGAGCGAGUGAAGGGGAAGCUGGCGGCUCGCGACGGCUCAUGGGAGUAUGCUGGGGGCUGGAAGAACGAGCUGCAGCAUGGAUCAGGCGUACUGUACAAACACGGCGCCUUCAAGUACAUGGGCGAGUGGGAGGCGGGGGAGCAGUGCGGCGAGGGCGAGUGCCUCUAUGCCGAUGGUGGAAAGUACGACGGCGAAUGGCGCGCCGGGCUCCGGCAUGGGAAGGGCAGCUACAGCCAUGGCGCCUACAAGUACAACGGGCACUGGGUGGAGGAUAGGCAGGAUGGAGCUGGCAUUUGCACCAACGAGGCUGGGGAUAAGUACAUCGGCAUGUUCAAGGCGGGCAAGCAGCAUGGCAAGGGGCGGUGCGUGUAUGCAGACGGGUCCAAGUAUGAGGGCGACUGGGAGGACGGCCAGCGCUCCGGCAAGGGCAUCUGCAUCUAUGCCAACGGCGACAAGUUCCAGGGGGAGUGGCUGCGGGAUGCCAGGCAUGGCCGGGGCGUGUGCAAGUUCGCGGAUGGCACCAGGUUCAAGGGGGAGUGGGAGGCGGACGCCUGGGUCCAAUCCGCUGCCGCCCCCUCCCGGUGCCGUGUGGCGGGGGCCGGGGUCACACACGCCACAGCCGGGGUCGAGGCGUCCUUUGUCAUCCAGGCCCGCGACGAGGACGGCAACCGACGGCUGGAGGGCGGCGACGACUUCUCGGCGGCACUCUACUCCCCCCACGCCGUCGUGACGGGCAGCGUGCGGGACCUGGGCGACGGCUCCUACGCAGUGGCCUACGUCGCCACCGUGGCUGGGGUGUACGAACUGCACGUCACCGCCGGCCAGGAGCACGUGGCCGCCUCGCCCUACCCGCUGCGCGUCGAUUCGGGGCCGCCCUGCCCGCGCCGCAGCGCCGCGACCGGCGAGGGCCGGGGGCGCGCGGUCACAGGCCGCCCGGCGCGCUUCAGCGUCCUGCUCCACGACGCGCACGGCAACCGGUGCGGAGCCGGUGCCCCCGCGACGGGCGUGCCGCUGGAGACGGAGCUCACCGGACCCGGCCCGGCCCCACCGGCGGUGCGCGUGGCGUGGGACGAGGCGGCGGGGCGGUACGACUGCGAGUACUGCCUGACCUCUCCAGGCCUGUACCGCCUGCACCUGGCCAGCGGGGGGGUGCCCCUGCCCGGCGCGCCGUUCUCCGUACGCUGCGUGGUGGCCGGGGAAGAUGCUGAGGUGGAGGAGUCCCGAGCCGGCCCAGGGGCGCAGGCCCAGGACUGCGCUGGCCAGGGUCUGGAAAGCGCGGCGCGGCCGGUCCAGGACCUGACGACCCGGUGGGAGGAGAUCGCUCGGGCAGCAUACCUCCUGGACGGCGACGCCGCGGGCUGGGACAGCGAUGGGGAGGCCGCGGUGCAGCGCACGCCAGAGGACGAGUACAUCAAGGCACACCCGGACGUGCCGGUGGUGGAGAACCUGGAGGACAUCUGGCAGGUGUCCAAGCUGCAGGCCGAGAGGAAGGAGAAGGAGGAGCGCGAGAAGCAGGCCCGGCUCAAGGAGAUCCAGAGCAAGCUGGGUGAAACGUUCGGGGAGGCGCAGCGACGGGCGCCGGAGGAAAUCCGGGCGGCGGUGCAGGAGAUAUUUGCCGCCGAAGCUAGGCUGGAGGCGGCCAGUUCCACUGCGGCCCAGGCGGGGGGAUGUGGGCCUCUGCCACCCAGACGCCCCAUCAAGCUCAGCAAGGCCCAGCUCCACGCCGCAGCAGCCACCCUGGAUGACCUGGAUGAUGUCUGA